AACGACUUGCCAACUCUCUCCCUCUCUCUCUCUCGCGAGCUUCAUCCUCACCUCACCGAUGACGCGGUAACGCAAAGGAGAGCUUGGGUUUAGCUGAUCCAAAUGAUAUGCGCACUGUUAAAUCGUGAGCUCGGGCUUGCGUUCAGGAGGGUCCUGAGGUUUCUCGACCAAUCGUUGGGGGUAGCGAUGGGCUGCUUCUUCGUCUGCUUGCGAGCGAAGGACGACGGCGAUCGGCGUCGCCACCUGCCUCAAUCUGCUCGACCCAAGAAAGCCACGGAGGCGUUGGUGUCUCGGAAUCGGCUAUCAUCGUUAUUUUUAGUUGAAGAUAGAGAAGACAUUCCAAGUGAGGACCGGGAUAAUAGCUCGUUUGGUACUCCACAGCAGAUCAGCAAGGAUGUCAAAAAUGAGGCUAAGUUCCUUAAGGCUUGUGGAACCUUACCAGAGACUCCUGCAGAAAUUCGGAAAGCAACAGACACGUUCAAGUUUUCACCACCGAAUAAUGGAGAUUCAGAAAGUUCAAAGUUUCACUCAUGGCUUCCUCAUACAUCUAUCAGGAAACUUCAGCCAACUAAGCCUACUGAACUUUCCCGAACACCUGUUGAACUUUUCGUAGAUUCUGGAAGUGAUUCUGCUUCUCAAGAGCAUGCACCUCCAAGCUGUAAAUCAAACGUUGAGAGCACUUUGAGCAUUCCUCUGAACUCAACCGAAGGCAGUGGUGAAGAGAAUGUGAAUACGGCAAUCGAGAUUCUAGCUGCAGAGAACAGCAGUAUUUUAACUCCAAUCACACCUUGGGCUUCUGUCUCGCACUCUCAGUAUAGGAAAAAGUCGGUUCAUUUUGACCCUGACACUGAUAUAUGUUCGCUUAGAAGUUCGUUUUCCAAAGAUGCAAGCCACAGUAUCAAAGGUUCUGAAUCACAGGGUAAUCAGAGUACAUCGAGGCCUUCACCUUAUCCAACCCCUCUCAAGCUAUCUGAUGAGAUGCAGACACCUGGAACUGUUUUCCCGGCAUACAUGGAGAAUUUACCACAUGGAAAGCCAAGAAUCAGGUCUGAAUAUAUUUUUUCAGUUCCAAACACGAACCAGAAUAGCAUGCAGUUGAAGGUUUUUAAGGAGGAGGAUGCUCACAAUCAUCGACCUUCGGGCGAGCUAAAUGAAUCACUUGUGCAGCCUGUAGAUGAAACAUUGAACAGCAGAACACAGCUGGACGAGACUUCUUUGGAACAGGAUUUUAAGGGUGAAACGACCCUGGCAGCUUGGCUGAAGCCGCCUCUUCACAUGGAAAAUGACGUUAACAAAUUUGGCUCUGUAUCUUACGGGAAAACUCGUCUUAGUAGAAGUCCCGCAGAUAGACCAAUCAUCGGGCUUGUUGCUGCACAUUGGAAGGAAGAUGAACAACCUCAUGUCUCACAAAAGUGGUGGGAUGGGAAUGGAAUUCCUAAUUCGACUAAUAAGUAUAAGGAGGAUCAGAAAGUAAGUUGGCACGCGACACCAUUUGAGGAGAGGUUGGAAAAGGCUUUAUCUGAGGAAACUUUUGUCGGUCAGAGGAAGAAUCUUAGUGGAGCGCCAAUGCCUGUUGAGGAUGCAGAUGGGGACACAGCCAUUUCUCAAGUGAAGGAUCGAGAUCUCUGUUGGCAGCAUGAUAUAGCUGCUUCCAGAACAUAGAGACGUAGAAAUUUUUGUACAUCGUCGACUGCUCAGUCCUUUUGUCUGAAUCUGCUCCGAUUUAUUUUUA